UCUUUCAAUUCAUUUCUACAUUUUCGCAAUUUCCCUCCACUCACAAAACCUCCUUUGACUCUCUCGCUGUUUCUCUGGUGUUACGGAUCCGUUCUGAUCGAGAGCGAUGACGACAGUGGAGCAGCGUAGAAACCAAAACGCUGUUCAACAACAAGACGAUGAAGACACCCAGCACGGCCCUUUCCCCGUCGAACAGCUUCAGGCGGCAGGUAUAGCUUCUGUUGAUGUAAAGAAGCUAAGGGAUGCUGGUCUCUGCACUGUCGAAGGUGUUGCAUAUACUCCAAGGAAAGAUCUCUUGCAGAUCAAAGGAAUAAGCGAUUCUAAGGUUGACAAAAUCGUUGAAGCAGCUUCAAAGCUGGUUCCUAUGGGUUUCACUAGUGCUAGCCAGCUCCAUGCCCAGAGACAGGAGAUCAUUCUGAUUACCUCUGGAUCACGGGAGCUCGACAAAGUUCUUGAAGGAGGAAUCGAAACCGGAUCCAUCACUGAGUUAUAUGGUGAGUUUCGCUCUGGGAAGACUCAGUUGUGCCAUACACUCUGUGUAACUUGUCAACUUCCAAUGGAUCAAGGAGGUGGAGAGGGAAAGGCGAUGUACAUUGAUGCCGAAGGAACAUUUAGGCCACAAAGACUAUUGCAGAUAGCUGACAGGUUUGGACGAAAUGGAGCUGAUGUUCUUGAAAACGUUGCCUAUGCGAGGGCGUAUAACACUGAUCAUCAGUCAAGGCUUCUGCUUGAGGCAGCAUCAAUGAUGGUUGAAACAAGGUUUGCUCUCAUGAUUGUGGAUAGUGCUACAGCUCUCUACAGGACAGAUUUCUCCGGAAGGGGAGAGCUUUCGGCACGACAAAUGCAUCUUGCAAAGUUCUUGAGAAGUCUGCAGAAAUUAGCAGAUGAGUUUGGUGUGGCUGUUGUUAUAACAAACCAAGUAGUUGCGCAAGUAGAUGGUUCUGCUCUUUUUGCUGGUCCACAGUUUAAGCCGAUUGGUGGGAAUAUAAUGGCUCAUGCCACCACAACAAGGCUGGCGUUGAGAAAAGGAAGAGCAGAGGAGAGAAUCUGCAAAGUGAUAAGCUCGCCAUGCUUGCCAGAAGCAGAAGCUAGAUUUCAAAUAUCUACAGAAGGUGUAACAGAUUGCAAAGAUUGAUUGAUCCUCUUCACUUGCAAUACUCUUUUGUUUCUCGUCACUGUGGACUGAGAACAGAUUUGCGUAAGCAUCAAAGUAGUGAUGAGGGAGUAAAAAUAGCUUUGUAAGUAGGUUAUCACGGUGAUGAAAGUUAGUUGCUACCUGUUGUUGUACCCAGCUUCUCACAUAAUCUUAUUUUUUACUACUUAUAUAAGCAAACACGCAAACA